AUGCUCCUGUCCGGGGGCGACCCUCCGGCGCAGGAAUGGGUCAUGGUGCAGACCAAAUCGAAGCCCCGGGUGCAGCGGCAGCGGCUGCAAGUGCAGCGCAUCUUCAGGAUCAAGCUGAACGCCUUCCAGAGCCGCCCCGACAACCCCUACUUCUGGCUGCAGCUCGAGGGGCCCAGGGAGAACAUGGGCAAAGCCAAGGAGUAUCUGAAGGGCCUGUGCAACCCAGAGCUAUGGAAGGAGGUUCGCUACCCGCCUGCCCUGCACUGUGCCUUCCUUGGGGCCCAGGGCCUCUUCCUGGACUGCCUCUGCUGGAGCACCCUGGCCUACCUGGUGCCCGGCCCCCCUGGCUCCCUGAUGGUGGGCGGGCUGACCGAGUCUUUCAUCAUGACCCAGAACUGGCUGGAGGAGCUGGUGGGGCGGCUGCGCUGGGGCCCUGCCCCUCUGCUCACCCCCCGGGGAAUCUGGGAGGCUGAGGUGACUCGGGCCUUUGGGGCUUUGGUCUGGAUCCGUGGUGAUCAGUAUGCAGGGGACCUGCUGCAGCUACCCCCAGCGGUCCAGGAGCUGCUGCUGAGCCUGGUGCGGGAUGCUGCAGGCAAAGAGGACAUCAUCGAGUGGCUCAGCCGCAUCGGCACCUCCAACACCCGCUCCGACCCAGAGGUCCUGAUCUGCCCUCCCCACCAGCAGAAGGAAGGCUCAGCUGUGAUGUCCGUGGGAGAUGGUCCUGGGUCCUUCCUGGACAUAAAGACCCUCCAGAACGGGAGCACAGAAAAUUCAAAGAAAUUAACCAGCCUAGGAUCCUCUCCAGGCCAAAACGCACAGCAGGAGACAGCGAACCAGCUGGUACGGGUUGGUUCCAACAACCAAGGUGGUACGGACAGUGCUCGAAAGGAAGGGGCAGUGCCAUCCGCCAGCAGCCAGGACUCUGCGAACCACUCACAAGCUUUGUCACAGCAGAGGCAGGUCCAGAGGGUGGAAGACAAGCUCCCCUUCCACCCUCCUCCGGUGUCAGCCCUGGGUGUGUGCCCAGCCUGGAAGGCCUGGGCCCCGGGGCCAGCCUUUGGGCCCUUGUGGCCAGGGGCUAUUGCUGCAACCUUCUGGAGGAUCAAUGAAUUACAUUCUCUCCACCUGGCCUGGCUCCUGUCCCAGGCGUGCUUCAGUUUCCCCUUCUGGCAGAGGCCACUGGGCCCCAUUCAGUUCAAACUGCCAGGGCAGAGUCCUUUGCCCUUAAACCUAGAGUGGAAGCAGAAGGAGCUGGUUCCUUUGCCCAGCGUGGACUGUAGACCGGGUGGGGGGCCAGGAGGAGAGGCAACCCUACAGAAUUGCCCGAGGCCAGAGACCCCCCAAAAAGUCAUGAGUUUAUUGGUGGUGUCAGGAGGCUCGGGCGUAAAGGACAAGGCUAGCCUAGGACUUCCACAGAUAGGGCCACCUUUGACUACUACACCCCAACUCCAAGCUGCAAGUGAGCCGGGGGAUCAAGGAAGUAUGCAAUGGGAUUAUAAGGAGCCAAAAGAGGGGACCUUUUCAGCACCACCCACAGGACAAGGAAUGCAUACAACUCAAGGGAGGCCUGUGGCUCAAGGGGGGCUGUCGGCUCAGUCAGUUCCUGGUCCUCAAACAGUGCCUGAGACUCUUGAAGUGCCCAUGGCUGUAGCAGUGCCCACAGCUCAAACCCCACCCACAAAUCAAGUGCAGUCUGCAGCCUCCAAAGUGCCUACAGCCCAAGUGAUGCCAGCAGUCCACACAGAACCUGCAGUUCCCAAAGUGCCUUCGGCUCCCACAAAGCCAGCAGCUCAAGUGGUGCCCACAGCUCAAAAGGCAGAUGUGGGUCAACUGGCUGCAGCAGCUCAAGUGGUGCCUGCAACUCCAAAAACUCCCACAACUCAGAAAACGCCUGCAGCUAAAACAUUACCUGCAGGGCCCAAAACACCCAAAGCUCAGACUGGUCCUGUGGCUAAAACAGGGGCCGCAGCUCCCAAAACACCUGCAACCCCCAAAGGCCCCGCGGCUCCAAAAGCCUCCAGAGCGCCGAAAACGCCUGUAGCUCAGAAGGCACCCACAGUUCCAGGGCCAGCCUUGGAUGCAGCCAAGCUCCUGAGCGAGGUUCAGCCUCCAUCAAAGGGCAGUGCCUCCUUCCUGAAGGGCCAGGGGGUGGCCAGGAGGCAGGCUUCCCAGCCCGACAGCACCUUGGCUCCCAGUAGUAAGCACCAACCUCAGGUGGGAGGGCUCCUGGGGGCUUGGGAGGGGGCCCUGAGGCAAGCGCCUCGACAACCACAGGCGAACAGCACAGUGACCAGCUUUCAGAGGUACCACGAGGCUCUGAACACACCCUUCGAGCUGAACCUGUCCGAGGAACCUGGAAACCAGGGGUUGCGGCGAGUGGUCAUUGAUGGCAGCAGCGUGGCCAUGGUGCAUGGUCUCCAGCACUUCUUCUCCUGCCGUGGCAUCGCCAUGGCGGUGCAGUAUUUCUGGAACCGAGGCCACCGAGAGGUCACUGUGUUUGUACCCACCUGGCAGCUGAAGAAGAACCGGAGGGUGAGAGAGAGUCACUUUCUGACGAAGCUACAUUCCCUCAAGAUGCUUUCAAUCACCCCCUCCCAGCUUGAGAAUGGCAAGAAGAUUACCACCUAUGAUUACAGGUUCAUGGUAAAGCUGGCGGAGGAGACAGAUGGCAUCAUUGUCACCAACGAGCAGCUCCACAUCCUGAUGAAUAAUUCCAAGAAACUGAUGGUCAAAGAUCGCCUGCUGCCCUUCACCUUUGCGGGGAAUCUCUUCAUGGUACCCGACGACCCACUGGGCCGCGAUGGCCCCACCUUGGAUGAGUUUCUGAGGAAGCCCAACAGGUUGGACACCGACAUUGGCAACUUCCUGAAGGUGUGGAAGACCCUUCCUCCUAGGUCAGCCAGCAUCUCUGAGCUGAGCGAUGCCACCGACACGGGGCCUUUGGAGAGUCCUCAGAAAGUGGAAGAGGUCAGGGAAGAGAAGGAGGAGAGGCAGGGUGAAGAGCCGAGGGAGCUGCAGGACGAGGAGCCGGAGGAGCGUCAGGGCGCACAGAGGUCAGCCGAGGAGGAGGACCUGGACUCCUCGCUGGUGUCGGUGUUCAGGGCUGAGUGCCCUUCCCUUUCAGAAGAAAUUCUCCGGUGCCUCAGCCUCCAGGACCCCCCUGACGGGGCCCUUGACAUCGAUCUCCUGCCAGUGGUGGCUUCUCCCUCCCUGGGCAUCCCCUGGGAUGGCAAGGCUCCCUGCCAGCAGGUUCUUACCCACCUGGCCCAGAUGACCAUCCCCAACAACUUUACUGCGCUUUCCUUCUUUGUGGGGUUCAUGGACUCCCACCGGGAUGUCAUCCCCGACUACGAAGCCCUUGUGGGCCCCUUGCACAGCCUCCUCAAGCAGAAGCCAGACUGGCAGUGGGACCAGGAGCACGAGAAGGCCUUUUUGUCCCUGAAGCGAGCCCUGGUGUCUGCUCUCUGCCUGACGGCCCCCAACUCCCAGCUGCCCUUCCGCCUGGAGGUGACGGUGAGCCAAGUGGCCCUGACGGCCAUUGUCUACCAGGAGCACUCAGGAAGGAAGCACCCCAUUGCCUAUACCUCAAAACCCCUCCUCCCUGACGAGGAGAGUGAGGGCCCCCAAUCAGGGGGAGACAGCCCCUAUGCCGUGGCCUGGGCCCUCAAGCAUUUUUCCCGCUGCAUUGGGGACACCCCUGUGGUCCUGGACCUUUCGUACGCCGCCCGGACCACUGUGGACCCUGAGGCUCCGGAGGGCCGAAGGGUUUCCAAAGCAUGGUUGAUCCGAUGGUCCCUCUUGGUGCAGGACAGAGGCAAGAGGGCCCUGGAACUGACCCUUCUCCAGGGCCUGCUGGGGGAAAACCAACUGCUGACGCCCGCGUCCUCUCUGACUCGUUUCUUUCAGGUUCUGCCUCCUUUUUCCGACCUGUCCACUUUUGUCUGCAUCCACAUGUCGGGCUAUUGCUUUUACCGUGAGGAUGAGUGGUGUGCUGGCUUUGGUCUCUAUGUCCUGUCUCCCACCAGCCCCCCUGUCUCCCUUUCCUUCUCUUGUUCACCUUAUACACCAACCUAUGCCCACCUGGCUGCUGUGGCCUGCGGUUUGGAGCGCUUCGGUCAGUCCCCACUCCCUGUGGUUUUCCUCACGCACUGCAACUGGGUCUUCAGCCUCCUCUGGGAGCUCCUGCCCCUGUGGAGGGCUCGGGGCUUCCUGUCCUCUGACGGAUCCCCACUACCUCACCCGAGCCUGCUUUCCUACAUCAUAUCCCUCACCUCUGGCCUCUCAUCCCUUCCGUUUAUCUACCGAACCUCCUACCGCGGCUCCCUGUUUGCCGUGACGGUGGACACCCUGGCCAAGCAGGGCGCUCAGGGGGGUGGGCAGUGGUGGAAUUUGCCAACGGAUGUGCCGGUCCCCGUAGUGUCUCCCCAUACCGUGGGCAAGAGGCCCGACUUGCUGGCAUUACAGCUCAGUGACAGCACCCUGGCGGAUAUUAUCGGCAAGCUGCAGGCCGGGCAGAAAUUGUCUGGCUCCUCACCCUUCAGUUCUGCCUUUAACUCACUCAGCCUGGACCAGGAGAGCGGCCUGCUUCUGUUCAAGGGAGAUAAGAAGCCCAAGGUCUGGGUGGUCCCAAGGCAACUCCGGAGGGACUUGAUUUUCUCUGUGCAUGAUCUCCCCGUGGGGGCCCAUCAGAGACCCGAGGAGACCUACAAGAAGCUGCGGUUGUUGGGGUGGUGGCCUGGGAUGCAGGAGCACGUCAGAGAUUACUGCAGGAGCUGCUUGUUCUGCAUUCCCCGAAAUCUCCUAGGCAGUGAGUUGAAGGUUAUUGAGUCCCUGUGGCCCCUCAGGUCGACCGCCCCCUGGUCGAACCUGCAGAUCGAGGUGGUGGGCCCAGUCACCAUAAGUGAGGAGGGCCACAAGCAUGUGCUGAUUGUGGCUGACCCCAACACCAGGUGGGUAGAGGCGUUCCCGCUGAAGCCCUACACGCACACGGCUGUGGCCCAGGUGCUGCUUCAGCAUGUGUUUGCAAGGUGGGGCGUUCCCGUGAGGAUGGAGGCUGCCCAGGGUCCCCAGUUUGCCCGGCAUGUCCUGGUGAGCUGUGGACUGGCCCUGGGAGCCCAGACGGCCUCCCUGAGUAGGGACCUGCAGUUCCCCUGCCUGACGAGCUCAGGGACCUACUGGGAAUUCAAGAGGGCCCUCAAGGAGUUCAUCUUUCUGCACGGCAAGAGGUGGGCAGCUUCCCUGCCCUUGCUGCAUCUGGCCUUCAGGGCCUCCUCCACCCAGGCCACGCCGUUCCAGAUCUUGACAGGGGGCGAGGUGAGGCUCACUGAGCCCCUGUGGUGGGAGAUGAGCAGUGCAAAUAUUGAAGGGCUCAAGAUGGACGUCUUCUUGUUCCAGUUGAUGGGGGAGCUGCUGGAGCUCCACUGGAGGGUGGCUGACAAGGCCAGUGAAAAGGCGGAGAAUAGGCGUUUCAAGCGGGAGAGCCAGGAGAAGGAGUGGAACGUGGGUGAUCAGGUCCUCUUGCUGUCACUCCCCAGGAACGGCAGCAGUGCCAAAUGGGUGGGUCCCUUCUAUAUUGGGGAUCGGCUAAGCUUGUCUCUCUAUAGGGUCUGGGGCUUCCCAACCCCAGAGAAGCUUGGGUGCAUCUAUCCUAGCAGUCUGAUGAAAUCCUUUGCCAAGAGUGGUACCCCACUGUCCUUCAAGGUCUUGGAGCAGUGAGCUGGAGCAGCAGGGGAGCCCCACCCCCAGGGUCCUGGGCUGCUGCUGCUAGGCUUCCCCUUCAACCCCAGCUGUGCUCUCACAGCCCCCUGGGGGCCUCUGUUGUGCCUUUUGUAGAGAAGUUACUUUAUAAAGCUUUGCUGAAUUGCCUUGAACUGGGGACCAGCAUCCCUAUGGAAAUGUUCAGGGUGCGGUAUUGGGAGAAUCUGCCAAAGGCUGUCAGAUAUGGGCCUCUGGCAGUUUCACCCUGGGGAGUGUAAAGUCCCCUUACUGAGG